GUAACCGGGCCCACGGAAUGCCCCCCACUCCAAGCCUGCACUUUGCUCUCUCUCUCUCUCUCCCUCGCUCGCUCUCGCUCUCGCUCUCUCUCCCCAUCUUCUCCCCUCCCUUCCGCUCCUGUUCUCACAGGCUGCCAGGAUGAUAUGCAUGGCCGUGCUUGCAGGCCUGAGGGUCGAAGCUGAUAAAAUGGCGCACGGCACUGAUGUUUGUGUUGCAUAGAUUGCACAGAUAGUUGGGCCUGCCUCUGGUCUGUGUCCCAUUUAUAGUUUCUUUUCACACAUCCAGGCGGAGCCUCACUCUGUGUCGCUCAUAUUUUUAAGAUUGCGAACAUAUUCCACCUCAUAUCUGCUGUCAACACUCACGCGCGCACACACACACUCACUCACUCAUACGCACACUCACUCACACAUACACACACUCACUCACACUCACAUGUAGGUGAUAGAACACCACAAAAAUAGUCUGAAAACUAGCAGACAGUUUUGUUGGAAUCCAGCUUCAACAGAAGUGUUUUUUCCCCUUCAAUUAAAUGUACUCAUGGAAAGAAUUAGGUUUUUAUUCUUUCCAUUAGUAAUCAUAUUCUCAGUGGCCCAAGCAUUUCGUCAUAUGACUGGAGGAGCGUGGAAGCAAUGCAAAUUAUCUGGCAGUGUGCUUUCCACUGUCUUGCUCAGUGAGGUUUCCUCUUUGGGUUUUUGGUUGCUUUCUUGCUGCCUCUAUCUUCUUCUUUCUCAUGCCUUUGAAUAUAGUAUUUCUCUACGUUGCUAUUAAAAAAGAAAUGCAAAACCAAAAACAACGAAAAACUGCAUGCAAGGCUCUAACUGCCAUGUUCAGGCACUGUUGAAGGUAUGAUAGCAUAGAAUAUGUUGGGAUAUGUAGCCAAAGCCUGUACUGUAAUGCAUUGUGGGUGUUUGGACACUAAGACGUACUGCAUGCUUCGAUAGCACUGUCAGGACCGGUGGUGGGCUGUCUCCUGUGGUCACAUGAUCACUGGGAUUGAAAUGUUUGCAGAUAUUUUAUGGUAGCUGCUUGGGGUUCAUUAACAUGUGUGUGCGUGUGUUCUUUUUGGACAUAGCAGCUCCCCAGUAGGAUGAUGCUGUCGUAGACCAUCCCCCACCUCCCUCCCCCCCACACCUUAACCCAAUUAACUGUAUCUGUUCUUCCUUCUCCCUCAAUGGUGACUCCUGUGUCCCUUAAUCCAGUGUCACUGGAUAACCAGCACAUGCUCCACUACAUCCGGGAUAAAACGGCCGUGCCCUACUUCUCCAACCUGGUGUGGUUCAUAGGGAGCCACGUCAUCGAGCUGGACAAGUGCGUGCAGACGGACGAAGAACACAGGAACAGGGGGAAGCUUAGCGACCUGGUCGCCGAGCACCUGGACCACCUGCACUAUCUCAACGACAUCCUGAUCAUCAACUGCGAGUUCCUGAACGACGUGCUGACCGACCACCUGCUCAACCGGCUGUUCCUGCCCCUCUACGUCUACUCGCUGGUCAGCCACGAGCAGGAUGAAGAUCGCAAGAUAAGCGCUCAGGUGUCGCUGUACCUGCUGUCACAGGUCUUCCUCAUAAUCCACCACCAGCCGCUGGUGAACUCCCUGGCGGACGUCAUCCUGAACGGGGACCUGUCGGUGUUCUCUUUGCAAACGGAGCAGGACACGCACAAGAGUUCGGUCAACACCAGCGUUCGGCGGUUUACCAAGCCUGUGGAGAGCCUGGAGCGUUCGCUGGAGAUCCACCGCCAGCGGGGGCGCAAGAGAGCUCAGAAAAGGCCCAACUACAAGAACGUGGGGGAGGAAGAGGAGGAGGAAAAGGCUCCCGAGGAAGGCCAGGAGGAUCCCGAGAAGGCCAAAGGUACAGAGGCUAGCUCAAAGAGCAGCCGAACCUGCGGGGACACGGAAGAGAUCGAGAUGGUGGUGAUGGAGAAGUCGAAGGUGUCGGAGCCCUCCACCCUGACGGAGCAGAACAUCACAGACGAGGAGAAGACCGCCGCGGCCGCUGCCGCUGGUGCCCAGGGCCUGAGGAGCAGGCCUUUCCUGGACAUGGUUUACAACGCCCUGGACUGCACGAACGAUGACUACUACGCCCUCUUCGUCCUCUGCCUCCUGUACGCCAUGUCUCACAGCGAAGGAAUAAACCCUCUGCUCCUGGAGAAGCUGCAGUUGCCAGUGCAAGGGGAUCAGCAGAGGAGCAGCUACAGCCAGGUGCUGGUGGAGAGGCUGAUCCGCGUGAUGAGCCAGGCUGCUCAGCCCGAUGGGAAGGUGCGCUUGGCUACUUUAGAGCUCAGCUGCCUCCUCCUGAAGCAGUCGGUCCUCUCCCCCAGCGGCUGCAUCAUCAAAGAUGUCCACCUGGCCUGCCUGGAGGGUGCCAGAGAAGAGAGCCUGCACCUCCUGCGCCGCUUUUACAAGGCAAAAGAGAUUUUCCUUGACAUGUUUGAAGACGAGUACAGGAGCAUGACGAGUAAGCCUCUAAACGUGGAGUACCUGAUGAUGGAUGCCUCCAUCCUACUGCCCCCUACUGGCACCCCGCUGACCGGCAUCGACUUCGUCAAGAGGCUGCCCUGUGGAGACGUGGAGAGAACACGCAGGGCGAUCCGGGUGUUCUUCAUGCUGCGCUCGCUGUCGCUGCACCUGCAGGAGGAGCCGGAGACCCAGCUGCCCCUCACCCGCCCCGAGGACCUGAUCAAGACCGACGACGUGCUGGACCUGAAUAACAGCGACCUGAUCGCCUGUAUGGUGGUGUCGAAAGAUGGCAGCCAGGCCCAGCGCUUCCUGGCGGUGGACAUCUACCAGAUGAGCUUGGUGGAGCCGGAGACCAAGCGCCUGGGCUGGGGCGUGGUCAAGUUCGCUGGCCUCCUGCAGGACAUGCAGGUGUCCGGUGUGGAGGACGACAGCAGGGCUCUGAGCAUCAUAAUCCACAAGCCCACCUCCAACCCGCACGCCAAGCCCUUCCCCAUCCUGCAGGCCACCUUCAUCUUCGCCGACCACAUCCGCUGCAUCAUCGCCAAGCAGCGGCUGGCCAAGGGCCGCAUCCAGGCGCGCCGCAUGAAGAUGCAGAGGAUCGCAGCGCUCCUGGACCUGCCCGUCCAGCCCUCCUCGGAUGUUCUGGGUUUCGGAGGGGGUGCAGCCUCCUGCUCCCAGCAGCUGCCCUUCCGCUUCUACGACCAGGCCCGCCGCGGGCUCACUGACCCCAGCGUCCAGCGCUCCGUCUUCGCCUCCGUCGACAAAGUGCCAGGGUUCGCGGUGGCGCAGUGUGUGAGCCAGCACAGCCCCUCCCCCCUGUCCUCGCCAUCCCCGCCCUCCAGCGGCAGCGCCAGUGGGAGCGGGAGCACGGGCCGCUGCGACUCGGUCACUCCCAGCACCGCCUCCGCCCAGAGCCCCUCAGACGAUGCAGCAUUCCUGGACCGGACCCCCAACGAGGCGGAACAAGGGGGGGACAGCGCGGACUCCGCCCCCGCUGCUGAGACUGCCCUUCCCGUGACCCCGCCCCUGGCCCUGGCCCCCAGCCUCACCCCCACCCCCCAGCCCACCAUCUCCCUCCUUUCGGACGAUAAUGGCGACACCCUCAGCGUGGAGUCGCUGACCCUGCUGCCCCCCGCCGACCCCACCCGCCUCCGCAGCUUCAGCACACAGUCCUCCCGGGAGGAGGAGCUUCCCCGGGCGGGGCCCGCUGAGGACACGCCCCCCACAGCCACACACACCCCUCCCCCUACAGAAGCAGACAGCCAGGAGCAGCAGUCGGAGGAAUAAAAUGGAGGUCCAUCGUAAGAGGACUCAGCCCCCCCCCCCCAAUGCUGUGAGUUAUGGGUGUGGCCCUGAGUUCCCCCCCAUCACACUCACUUUCCUUAGCUCUCAUGGCUAAAGACUUCUGUUGUGUAAAUACUAAAAACAGGAGUGACUGAAGCUGGGCUCACACACUGUCUGUGCUUAAUUCAGUUUGUCCUUUCUUUCUUUUGUUUCCUUCUUUAUUUUCUGUCUACUCAUUUACCGGACUGAAUUUCUGCUUUUUUUUUUUUUUUUUUUACAUAAACCGGGGGAAAGGGUCACUUGAUGUGUUAAACUUUUAGACAUGAGUCACCACCCAUGUUCCCCUCCCUUUUUUGUUGUUUUUUUAUUUGUUGUGCAUCAGAUGAACCUUUCUGAUCUUCUGUGAAUGAGAGGUGAAAGCACAGCAUUGGUUCGCGCCACUGUCUCUUCUUUCCAGCACGGUGCUUUUUUUCCUACAGCUGUGAGCGUGAGCGUUUCUGUACAAUAAACAUGGCCGAUGGAGGCGGAGCUGUGCUGGGUUUUACCAGUCGCACUCUAUGAAUGUACCGAAGUCUCUUUAUGCAGGUCUUAAAGCGAUUUGUACAACUUUAGCGCAAGUCAAAGGUCACAACAGCCCCAAGGGGUUGCUCUCCUAAGAGGGGAAAACCCAGGGAUGGUGUUCAUUUGGAUUCACAGGUAACAUGGCUUUUUCACUAUGUGUAUUUGUGGUUCAGAUCAUCCGAAGUGACGCUUUCACAGUAUACAUUUCUGGCUAUAAACUGACUUUUUUUUUUUGGGACACUUCCAAUGAAAUCCAGGCCCUGGGUUGGUUUUGAUAACUUUUUUCAGAGAACUAUCCCAGGGGGCCUUUGUGAAUAGUGACCCGUAUCUUGACUGGAGAUUUGUGAGUCGUUCAUCUGAACUAACGAGAAAUGUGUAUGCAGUAAACCCAUGUGUUUUUUUUUUUGUUUUUUUUUUUUUUGGUCAGGAGCGGAUAUCCGCCUUUCCCCCGAUAGCUAAUGAGUCUGCUGCGGGACUCUUUCCACAGAAAUAUGAGUUAUGUGGAACUCUUGAGUCUGGGGAAUGAAGAACAGGAAGCGGAGAUCUUUUUUUUCUCUCUCUCUUUUUAGCUGUCGCUCUCCGCUGUGCAACUCAGAGAGCGACAAGCUUUUUCGCCUCCCUGACGUGACUGAAGAUCAAAGGCAUUUUUCCCCAUACUUCCAUAAACACUCUUCCACUUCCAUGUGGUUUUUCCUUCAAAACCCGCUUAUCCCUAGACUUGCGUGCUCCUCUGUUCUUGCACGGAAACCAUAAUGAGAAAAGUUCUGGGAAAAUAUGUCCCAGGUUCUGGUUUCAGUUUCAUCUGCCUCCGUCAGUGGAAUGUUUUUUUAAUUUGAAUCUGCUCACCGUUGACCAAAAGGCCUUUCGUGUUUGUUUAGAUGAUAAUGCUUUCAGUGUGACUGCAUUUUAUUUUCCCAAGAAAAGCUGCAGCCUACUGAAAGCACACAUUGGCAAACACUUGGACACUGACUUCUCGCAUUCUACUCACGGUGCAAAAACAAAACACAGCUCUCCGUUUGAAGGUAGUCACUGUGUGUCCAGAUUUGCUGAUGUUGAACUUCUCACUCACUCUUUCCCUUUGAGAGCCACAGGGCCUGCUGGUUUGUGUUGUUACUGAGUACUUAUCUGAUGCAUUAAUGCAGCUGAUUACACCACUCACUCGCCUCACCUGGAUUACUGGGUCUGACUUUCACUGAAUUUAAGAUGAAAACAAAAGUCAGGAACCCUGCAGCGCUCAAAGGUUAAAUAAUAUUUAUGGGAGUAUGAGGAUUCAUGAAACCACUCAUGGGCAGGGCUGCAUUAUAUGGCUAAUUUAUGCCAAUCAUGAGUUUUGCUGUGGAGAACAACGCGCUUUUAAUUGGUUCAAAGGAUUCAAAAGAGUUUUUGCUCCACCCUUUACAACAACCCCUGUUCUAGCCGUACCUGCCAGCUGCCAGACUGAUGGUGAAGGGUUGCUCCUUAGGGUCAGUUUCUGCUGAAGGAUGUGCAUCUAACAAGACCCCGAGUGUUUUUGAGGAGAAGGGAAUGCUCAGCCCAUGAACAGCGCUCAGUCGCACAGUUCUGCAUACACUGGCGUUUAACGAGCAAAAACGAUAGCAAUACUCAACACUCAGCCACCUCUACUCUGGGUGUGGCAGUAUUUUCCACUCUGUAAAUAAUGUCCUUCUUUAAAAAAAUGUGGUGAUAAUAAUACUAAUAAUGAAAUGGUAGUUUGUGGUUCUGUGUGUUUUUAUGUUCUGUAAAUUGCAUCUGGUUUUAAUCAGUUAUUCAUAAAUGAUAAAUGAACAUUGUUACAAAACUGCAAUAAAUUAUUGUACUCUCA